CAAGGCCUCUGCUUUAUCAAGACAAAUGUGCCUAGAAAAGCUGAAAAUGUUAAGGGAAGAGCCAUCACCGGAAACCCGACUUCAAAUAUGCGAUGGUAAUGAGGAGGAAUUGCAUUUCAUGAGCAUCCGUGAGAAAGAGAAUUUCCGUUAUUUCAGAGCUCUGAAGAAAUCCUCAAACGACGACAGUGUUCCAGCUCAAUCUUCCAAAUCCAAGCCAUUAAUACAAAGGGUUCCAUUCACCCUAAGUGAAAAGAAGAAUUUUAAGAAAUAUUUUGAGCCAAGGGUGGUUGCAAUCGGCCCUCUCCACCAUGGUAACCGCAGGCUUCAGCCAGCGGAGAAAGCUAAGCUUAAACUUGCAGUGCUCUUCACAGAAGAACAUCGAGUUGCAGAACAUGUGUUAUACAAAAAGAUUAAGCAGGAUAUAGGAUAUCUGAAGAAGUGUUAUAAGCCAGAGGAUAUAGAAGAUUAUGACGAUGAGGAACUCGCUUGGAUGUUCUUUGUGGACGGGUGUGCAGUGUUGAAAGCCAUACAUUACAGUAAGUCUAAGCAAGAAAAGCAGAAAGAUGAGCUGAAUAUUAAAGUUGAUAUUCUGGCAUUUGCCCAAGUAGAUUUGUUCAUGCUCGAGAACCAACUUCCUUUCCGAGUCCUCGAGUUAUUGAUAAGCUCAGUCCAUGAUGGAAAGGAUUUGAGAGAAUCAAUCGACGUGUUCAUUGAUAAUAAGAUCAAGAGAACAAUAGCGGAAGGCAAGAAAGGACAGCCACGACAAGAUCAAGAUCGCACUCAUCUUCUGGGGCUUUUGCGGGAAAGACUCUUGGCCGAAACCAACAACAAGAAUAAAAGUACCAAGACCAUCAUUGGUAAGCUACUUCUUUCUUGUGGAGCAAAACAACAACAAUAUCCUAAAACAUUUCGUAGCAUCAAUGAGCUGAAAGAAGCAGGGAUUCGUGUGACUCCCAGCGAGACAAGCAGCCUCCGAGACGUUAAUUUCUACGUUGGAUUUCUGGGAACUCUGAAGAUUCCUCGCAUCGUGGUGGACGACUCAACCGGUUCCAAGUUCAUGAACUUGGUAGCUUACGAAAUGUGCCCAGAUUUCAAAAAUGAAUUUGAGGUCACCUCUUACUUAUGCUUCCUUGAUUCUCUCAUUGACACAGCACAAGAUGUAAAGGAGUUGAGACAUGCAGGAAUGCUACUGAAUUACCUGGGCAGUGAUCAAGAAGUAGCUGAUCUUUUCAAUAAUAUAACCACAGAUUUGGUGCCUGAUCUCGAGAUGUACCACGAUGUAACAGAUAAGAUACGUAAGUACUGCGACAAUCCAUGGACGACCUGCAUAGCUAAGGCGUAUUAUACUCAUUUCAGCACUCCGUGGAGUUUCCUUGGCUUCUUGGGAGCCUUAAUGGGUCUUCUUUUUACUGCUAUUCAAGCAUAUUACUCAAUGCGAAAAGCGACUAUGGGACAAAAGUAAAACGGUGUCCAUCUUUCUUUUUCACCAAGUGUGCUUUAGAACUUGUUUAAUUUUUCCUGUUAUAUAUGUGAAAGUAAGAUAUGAUUUGAGUGCAAAGAUGGGUGCCUGUGUUACUUAUUUAAUUUUUCCUGUUAUAUAUGUAAAAAUAAGAUAUGAUUUAAGUGCAAAGAUGGGUGUUUGUGUUUGAUUUGUGUAAUUUUCAUCUUUCUAAUACUAGGGAUUU